UCACCCCAGGGCAGGGUGUUGGAGCUCCCAGCGAGACAGCUGCGGCCUCUCCACCUCACGGCGCUGCGGUCGCGGCCCGGGCGGGCGGUACGGGCGCGCCGACCACCUGUCAGGCCUGCGCGGAGCAGCAGCUGCCGUCGUGUGAGAAACUGCCGCGGGGCUGGACGGCGGCUGAAAAAUAUGGGGUUCCCGCUGCUCCCAGAACCAAACGUGUGCGGGAGGAUUUUUACCGCGUUGAGAAAGGGCUGCACGUCCCUGUGAGAGCGGCUGCGGUACUGGGGCGUGGAGACGCCUUCCUGACAGCGGGCUCAAAACUGGGGACGCUGGCUGGCGGCCUGACAGCCCCUCAGCUGCCCGACUCUUUGAGGAAACAAACCUCUACAUUUUUUUGUAGUAAAGCCCAGCACAUUACCCGUGUUUGGGGUUUUUUGUUGUGGGUUUUUUGUUUUUUUUUCAUUCUCCGAACAGAAGCGAGGCAAAAGUGGAAGUUGGAGGUAGCAGCAGAGGGCACUCUGGCAUCUGCUUCUGGAAGCAGCAGAGUUUAGCUAACAAUGGCAUCCACACUGAAUCUGAAAGAACCUACUGGCAGCCAAAGUUCAUGGGAGACUUUGCUGCCAGACUUUCCCAACGGACCCCUUUGCAGAUAUCGUCAGAAAGCUUCCUUCAGCUGGAAGGAAAUGGCAGUGUUAUUAGAUGGCAAAGAUAUCAUUCAUCUUAAGAACAGAAUCUUCUCUGCUCUGGAAAGUGAUCCUCUCUUUGCACAUCAACCUGGAGAAGAUUUGUGCCAUGAGAAAUAUCAGGAGCUGACAUUCCUACGCUGUAAAAGGCUUUUUGAGUAUGAGUUUCUCACUCAGCAAGAGAUCAUGGAGAACCCACUAAGGAUAUUUAAUAUGGUGAUCUGUGUAGGAAUGUAUGAUUGGUCUCCGUGUCUCCAGUUUUUCUUACAUUGUGGUGUAUUUGGAGGUGCGAUUUUGAGUGCUUCUAAGAGGUUUUCACACCUUCUGGAAAAGGUUUAUAACAUGGAGAUUUUUGGAUGUUUUGCUCUGACUGAACUCAGCCAUGGAACAAAUACCAAAGGCAUACGGACUACUGCUACGUUUGACCAUAGCACUCAGGAAUUUAUCAUCAAUACUCCUGACUUUGAAGCAGCAAAGUUCUGGGUUGGUAAUAUGGGGAAACAUGCCACUCAUGCAGUUGUGUAUGCCCAGCUCUAUACUCCUGAUGGACAAUGCCAAGGAUUACAUUCCUUUAUUGUACAGCUUCGAGAUACGAAAACUCUCCUACCAAUGCCAGGUGUGAUGGUAGGUGACAUUGGAAAGAAAAUAGGACUGAAUGGGUUGGACAAUGGAUUUGCUGUGUUCCACAAUGUGAGGAUACCUAAAGAAAACAUAGUGAAUACAGCUGGAGAUGUCACAGCUGAAGGGAAGUACUCAAGUUCAACCAAGGAUGCUAAAGAGCGGUUUAGUGCAGUUCUGGGAUCCUUGUCCAGUGGCAGAAUUCUGAUCACAGCAAUUUCCACGACCAAUUUAAAGCUUGCCUUGUCAAUAGCCGUUCGCUUCUCUGCAGUUCGUCAUCAGUUUGGGCCAACUGAUGGUGAAGAAAUACCAGUUCUGGAAUACCAAACACAGCAAUGGCGUCUUCUUCCUUACCUGGCUGCCACAUAUGCCUUAGAUUAUUUCUCCAAAUCCCUGUUUGAGAACUUUGUAGAGUUUUAUGCAGGCUUAUUGACAAAGCAGAGGAGUCAGAGACAGACUGAUUUGGGACGUGAGAUUCAUGCUUUAUCUGCUGCCAGCAAACCAUUGGCUUCUUGGACUGCUCAGCAGGCAGCCCAGGAGUGCAGAGAAGCUUGUGGAGGACAUGGUUACCUGGCCAUGAAUCGUCUGGGUGAAAUCCGAAAUGACAAUGAUCCAAACUGCACAUAUGAGGGAGAUAACAACGUCCUGCUUCAGCAAACCAGCAACUACUUAAUGAGUUGGAUGAAUUGCAUAAGAGAUAGAGCUCCCAUUGAAUCCCCUUUUGGAACAAUAAACUUUUUGCAAGACUACCAUCAUAUCCUUGGCUGGAAAUUCACAGCCAUUAGUGUUGAAGAUUGCAUGGACUCCUCAGUUCCUUUAGCAGCAUAUAAGUGGCUGGUUUGCUACCUGCUCCGAGAAAGUGACCUCAAGCUGAGCAAGGAGAAACAGUCUGGAAAAAGUGAUUUUGAGGCAAAAAACAACUGCCAGGUGUACUACUGCAGGUCAUUAGCCACUGCUUUCAUUGAACUGACAGUCUUGCAAAGAUACCAUAACUACACUCAUGAUCCCAACAUACCCUCUACUCUGCAGCCAGUGCUUAAGAAUCUCAGUGCUCUCUAUGGACUCUGGUCUUUAAGUAAACAUCUGGCUGUGCUCUACCAAGGUGGCUAUGCUUCAGGUGAGCAAGCUGGUAGAUUUACACAAAAUGCUAUCCUGGAGCUCUGUUACAGAUUGAAAGAUGAUGCAGUUGCCCUGGUUGAUGUCCUUGCUCCUCCUGAUUUCAUUCUCAACUCUCCCAUUGGUAAAGCUAGUGGAGAGUUAUAUAAAAAUAUAUGGGGAGAGAUGCUUCAAGGCAGCAAAGCUCUGAACAGACCUUCGUGGUGGGCAGAAUUUUGUAUUAAUAAACCUCUUAUGGGCAGGCUGAGGUCAAGAUUGUAAAACAAACAACUUGUGAAGAGGCUGGAGGGGCCUGAGAUGUCAAACAUCAGGAGGAAAUGAGACCAUAUGUCAAACAAUGAAAAUGAAAGCGAUUUUCACAGAGAAGUGCCAAGUUUCAAAAUAACUUUGCAGUCAAGUCCAAGUUGGUCUCCGGGACUGUUAGCAUAAUAGUGACAGGGAGCUAGAGCAACACAUCUGCAUACUAUUCAUAUUUUCUCAAUUUAAUACAAAAAAAAUGAAGAUCACUGCUUUGCAAGGUUUGUAUAAAAGGGUUGAUCUGGUCAGUCUCAUGACUUUGCUGCUACUUUACAGAAGUGACAUAAUUUGUAAAAAAAUCCCACUAGGCAUUAUGGAUGAAUUGAACAAAAGUAGAAUAAAAGGGAACUUAAAGAAAAAAAGACAAAUGACAUCGAGAACACCAACAGUGAUAAACUCUAAUAAGGAGGGGGAGUAAUUUCCAACAGUCCCUUUGAAGUCUGUAAAGCUAUCCUGAUUUUCUUCAUAUGCCUCUGUGUUAAACUACUUGAUUGUUCUUUCAAAUCAGGAGAGGAUUGGGAUUGUAGAUAAUCUGUCUUUAAGUGGUGUAUAACUCUGUAGAUAAAAUUAAUUUAAAAUACUCAUGCAUGCAACUGUUUAAAAAAAUUUAUGGAAAUGCAAACUUUUAUAUCUUAUAAUCUGAUAACCAAAUCUGAUCAGUUAUAACAUUUUCAAUACUGCAAAGCCAGUAUCAAGCCUGGAAUACACUGACACACAGAAACUGCUUCUAUGUUUUAGGUCAAAAUAUACUGAAAUGAAUUAUUUCCAAUAUGGUUUUAUAAGAAUAUAUGACAGUGGUAGGCAUUAUAAAACAUAUCAAGAUAUUUCUUUAAGCUAUAUUAACUCAAAUAUUUUUAUUCAAAUAGACCAGACAAUAACAAAGCUUUGAAAAUCCAGAAUAUUUUCUGUUCUAGUUAUGCUUUGAAAAAGAGAUCCAGUUUUUCCUUUAUUGUAUGUAUGAAAUGAAGGACUGUUAAACCUAAUUCCUGUUGACCUUAUUGUUGUGAGCAACCCUCUCAAGCCAAAGAGAUUAUUAGCUAAAAAAUUGAGUGCUACUUAUGGCCAAUCAGGGAUGAAUUCUGGUUUGGACUAUUAAAUACAUAUGAUUUCAA